UCUAUAUAAUAACAUAAGUAUUAGGUUAAAUUCUUAAAUAGCAAUAUAAGAAUAUUUAAUUGUUAACUGUAUAUGUAUACAGUUACAGUAUUUGUGAGUUUUAUUUUUCAUAAGUACACAUGUUAAAUGAAUUUGAGCAAUUUAAUUUAAAAAAUUAUAUAGUAGUCAAAUGCUAACUACAGAUGGAUACAAAUAUUGGGGUCCUCGAGAAUGCUGUCAUACAGGUGGUGGUCGAAAGUGUUACACCGGAUAUGAUUGUAGUGUCAUACACUGCCAUAAAUGGGUCUGUUUACCAAGGCAUACUGUUGAACAAUGUCAAAAGACGUUUUCCAUGUGGAAGUGUUCCUAUCAUAAAACCUCCACUAUCGCCCAGAAAUCUAAAGACUGAAUCCGAUAAUGACAUUUUAUAUUCUGUAAGUCAACGUUUUACCUAUUUUCAAAACACCCCAAACACAUUAAAAAAAAUUCCCAAUAAAACCAAAAAAGUGAGAAAACCCAUGACUGUUCGUCUAAGACCUCGUCAAGUUCUAUGUUCAAAAUGUAAAUCAACUUGUUCUGAAAAUUCAGAAAAUGCUGAAACCUCCAAAGAUCUUGUCAAAAAUGAAAAUAAUACAAUUCCUGAAAAUAAUGGAGAAAAGAGAUUAUUAAGAAGUCAUGGACCUGUUCCAGAUUUUCCUAUAAAACCAUCAGAUUCUGUAUCAACUGUAUCUCAAGUUAAAUCAAUAUGCCGUACCCUGAUACCUAAACUUGUAAAAAUUAAAUCAAGAGAAAUAACAGAAGCACUUAAUAAUUAUUCAACAUUCACUGAGCUAGAUAAAUGGGUAGGUAACAAAAAAGACUGUGAAGAUGACUGUGAUAUUGAAGAAAAAAUGGUGUUAAGAAAAAAACCUAGCAUUGGAUCAAUGGAAGAUCUAUGGGAUGAAACUGCAUUUGAAGAAACUAAAAAAACACCAAUUAUAAAAAUAACAUUUGGAUCUCAAGGUGAAGGUACUGUUAUGGAAAUACCAUCUCGUCAAGCUGAUGGAGAUAGUGAACCAGAUAAACUUUUACGUAAAAGAGCAAAACGUAGAAGACAAGAUGGAGAAAAAAGAAAAAAACAUAAGAAAAGGCAUAAAGAACAAGUGGAUAAUUUAGAAAUUAAUAAUUUCUCAAUAAAUUUAAAUCAUUUUAAUUCUAAAGAAGAAUAUUGUACGAGAAAAGUGUCUAAUUGUUCUGAAUCAAUUAAUAUAAAUGGUGAACUCUCUGAUGAUGAUAUUGAAUCAAAUAGUUCUCCCGAACUUGUAAUUCCUCAAACAGAAACGUCAGACUCUAAUUCCUCUUUUGUACUGAAAUCUGGUAAAAUUCUACAUGAAGGUGAUGUUGUUUGGGGAAAAGUAAAAGGAUUUCCUUGGUGGCCAGCAAAGGUAUCAAAUUUUACUACAAGUAAUGGUGAAGAAAAUGGGUCAUUUGUUAAUGUCACUUGGUUUGGUUCUUCUACUACAUCUUUUCUUAAAUGUGAUCAGGUUAAUCCAUUUUUAGAUUUUUACAAGUCUCGAUUUAAUAAACACAAGAAAACAAGUAGUUAUAAAGAAGCUAUCAAACAAGCAAUGGCUGUAGCAAAACAACAACAAAAUACAACCAACCAAGAUAUCAGUUGAUAACUGUGAGUUGUUAAUUAUUAUAUUGUUUUACUAUCAUAUCAAAUGUUAUUUAUCCUUAAAUUGCAAUUCAAAUUAUUUUUGUCUUAAUACUUCAUUUUAUUUUUAACUAGUCAAAUUUUUGUACAUGUUUUGCAUCACAAAAAAAAGAGCUCUUGGGAAACAUUGCUUAUAUCUCAUGUUAGAUAAUAUUAUGAAAGACUUAAACGAUAAAUAUUGUUUUAUACAUUGUAAAGUUCCUUAUUGGAUAUAUCUAUUUGAAUUUAUUCAGAAAAUUUUAUCGAUUUUUAAUUUAGUUAUAAUUUGACAUUUUUAAUAAUUCCUUAAAAUAUUUUUAUCAUAAAAUAGUUUUUGGUUAUUAAAUAUAUUUGCAAUGUUGUUAUUACUUUAACCAUGAGUAAAAAAUUAUUGAUUGUAGAGGACCAAUAAUUGCUUGUAUUUAUAAAUAUUCUAUAUGCUAUUUAACACAUUCACUACAGGUGACGCCUGAUGGUAUUAUUUAACAUCAUUUACAUAUGCUAUUUUUCAAUUUUUUUUAAACUACAACUUUUUCAUGAAAACUAUACUCAAAUAUGAUACAUAGCAAAUGUAUUAAUUAAUAUUAUGUCUUACAAAAACUUUAUUUUAAUUAAAAUCAAAAUAUGAAGGAAAAAUAGUUUUAUUUAUAACUCAGUCACAUAUAAGAAAUUAAUUUGUAUUUUUUACCCCUGAACUUAUAGCUGUUAGUUUAAAUUAAUCCAUAGAAAUGGUGACGUCUUACAAAGGACAAAAUGAAAAGAUAAAAAUAAAUUUUUAUU